AUGUCAAACGAAAACGCGGAUUCUGUCAAAGAUUUCUUCCAAUCAUUGGUGGGUUUUAAUUGACUUUAUAUCGUUGUAGAUUGAUCAAAAAGUUUGUAGAAUUGGCUUUUUUAUCAUAAUUUUUAAAAAUUUUCAAAAAUUUUUUAUUUUUAUCAGGUUUUUUAAAUAAUUCUGUGCCCAAAUAUGCUUACGAAAUUUGCUUUGAGAGAAGCGCAGAAUUAUUUGAACAACCUAAUACUUUAUAAUAUAAUGAAUUUUAUAUUAACACUUAUGCUUAUUUUCAGACCAAACCAACUCACUCACCAAGCCCAGCCCAUCAAACCGAACAAGCCAGCCCUUCCGUUGGCUCAACCAGUCCAGUAGAAGAAGCUGACCAACACAAUUCGACUGACGAUUCCACUAAUACUAACAACAGUGUGGAGAACAUCUUUCAGAAGAUUGGUGCUAUACCUCCGAGGCUUCAGCCUGGUAGGUUUAUAGUCAUUUUUGGGAGAAAGGAGGGGGGGGAGAGAAGAAUGUUUUUUUUUGGUUUAAAAAACCAUUCCUAGCUAUUUUAAAAAAUAAAAAAAAAUUUUUUUAAUUUUUUUGAAAAUUUUAAAAAUUAAUUUUUUUAAAUUUGAUUUUUUUGUAAAAUACGGUUUCAAUUGUUAUACUACAGAAUUUGGAAUGCACAACACCUUUCCCUUGGGCAAUAUGAAUGCAUUCCUUGAGGCGAUUAAACAAAACUCUGGCUGUGAUGGCAUGAACUUUGACUUUGGCCCAUUGAUGAAUCAAGCCUCAUCAUCGUUGGAGUUAGACAGAAAUUCUUCUCAUCCCAGCGCCAAUGAACCGGAGGACCUUAGUUUGUAAGGCUUUUUUUGUUUUUACUAACACGAAGUCAAAAAGUUAAAAGUCAAUAAUCAAUAUUGACAUUUACACUUUCAAAAAAAAUUUUUUUUUUUAAUUUGAUUUGUCUAUAGAAUGUUUUUUUUGUAGAGAACGAUGCAAAACAGAAGCUGAUGACAGUCACUUAUCGACCGCUACCAACUGGACAUUCGAGGAGCAGUUUAAACAGGUAGGUACUAUAAUAUGGCGAUAAUAUUAGCAGAAUAUUUUGAAAAAACUAUUUUUUUACCCUACCCUACCUAACUUUUUGUAUACCGUAGUCAUUGAAUAAAAGUGCAAGAAUAUUAAAUUAAAGAACAAUCUAUUAUCUAAAUUCCCAUUAUCCGAGGCCUCUUCGCCCAUCUACCGUAAUCCUCUCAUUAAAGACUGGGAAUAAUAUUGUCAUGGGCAACGGACAAAUUAGGUGCCCAAAUAUCUUUUAGAAUAUUUGAUUAAAUUUGGGCCGGCCCAAACUUUUUUCGUUGAAUGGAAUGCGCUUUGUAGUCGUUUAGGGGACCGUACUCGAGCAAAGAUGCGAAUGAUAAUAAACAAAAUUAAGUCCAAAAGAAAGUGGCAUCAAAAAAUAAUGUAUUUAGGUAAAGGAAUGGUAGGGUAGAGGGGAGGAGGGUGAGUUAGUGUAUAGUAGGGUGGAUUAAAGUAGGAUACUCGAGGACAGGGUAAACUAGGAUACGCUAGAGCAGAGUAAAGUAAUAGAUUUUAAGACAGAGUAAACUAAUUUGAGUAUAUUAUUAAAAUCUAUUUUAUUUUAAAAAAUGAAAACUUUUAAAUCUCAUAUUCAAAUUUCAGCUCUACGAACUGUCCGACGACAAAAAGCGCAAAGAAUGGCUAGACGAGUGGUUCAGGUUCAUGCAGGCCAAAGGCAAGCCCGUCACCCGUAUCCCAAUUAUGGCCAAACAGGUGCUCGACCUCUACGAACUCUACCGCCUGGUCGUCCAGCACGGUGGCCUAGUCGAAAUUAUAAACAAAAAGUUGUGGCGUGAAAUCACUAAAGGCCUGAACCUGCCAAGUUCCAUCACUUCGGCCGCUUUCACCCUGAGGACACAGUACCAAAAGUACUUGUACGACUUUGAAUGUGAACAAGAACAUCUCAGUAGUCCAGCUGAUUUGCAUGCAGCGAUUGAGGGUAACAAACGAGAAGGACGGCGGAACAAUGCUGGGUCUAGUAAUGGCAAUGGGGGUGGAUUUAGAGGGUCGGGUGGCCCACCUGGCUUCCCUUACCCGUUGGUACCUCAUUCGGCUGCUGCCGCUGCCAUGUCAAGCCUUUUCUCAAAGCAUUUCAACUCACUUAUGGGACAGCAAGGUAAAAUACGUUAAGUUUAAUGUGUUUUUUUUUCUAAAAAAAUUUUGAAAAUUAAAAAAAAAUUUUAAUUUUUAAAUUUUAAUAAUAAAACCAGAUCAAAAAAUUAAUUUUCUACUUAAUUUUGAUACAGUUAAGUAAAAUACGAUGAAGAAAACCAUAGCUAUUUAUAAAACCUAUGAAAAUAACUAAAUUCCCAUUCUCAACAGCCCCAAAAGCUUAAAAAUGGCAUUAAAAACUCAAAAAAAAAUAGAAAAAAAAUCCCCAAAGAUCAGCUAAAACUUGAACUUCAAAGCCAAUAUUUAAAGUUUUAGAAGAGCACAACAACCACAAUGCCCAAAUAAUGAAUGCUGUGAAUCAUGCCUAUAAUAUGGAUGGUAAUAAUCGCCAGAUAGACAUUUUCCAACGGCUAGCCGAAGCCAUGCAAGGCAAACAACAAGCAGCCAAUGGAUUUUCAGGCCGAGAUUCAACUUGUUCUGGGGAUUCUGAGCCUGCGGGUAGGUUAUUCAUGUUUGUAAAGGUAUAUUGUAGGUUAUAGUUUCUAAUUUUGAUACCUAUUUUGAACGUUUGGCUUUAGAAACAUUAAAUUUUUUUUUAUUUUUGAUAAUUUUGGCGUUUAAAUUGAAAAAAAUCUUUUAAAACACUAAAACUAUUUUUAAAAUGGCAUUUUUUACCUAAAAGAUUAAAAACUAAGCCCUCCGUACCUAAAAACCCAAAAAACCCACCCUUCAAUACCUAAAAACCUCUUUUCAGCCAAGAAAAUGAAGCCAACCACCCCUCUCCGUCAAAAAAGCGAAUCACCCUGCCCCAAGAACUCGAUCGACCAAAUCCUGAAGAACUCCCACUCCACCUCCCUCAAGGUCUCCAGUAGUACCAUGCCCAAUGGGGACAAGUCGAUGAUCGUCUCCAUGGACAUCAAUGGGACCACAUAUCAAGGAGUUCUGUUUCCGGCUUCGAAUACUGAAGCCAGCCAUCAAGGGGACGCUUUGACUGAACUGUUUGCUAAUAAGAACAAGGAUUGGGACAACUAA